AAGGAUUGCUAAACGUGGUGGUGUGAUUGCUGAAGUUUAAAUAUUAAAUGUUACUUUUACUACAGAAACAAUGCACUUCAACGCUCAUAUCUGGAUUUCACUGCUAUCUUUUUGAUAUUACAUCCGCUGUAAGUUUGAGCAUGGAUGGUCGAGUGGUCUAAGCGGGACAUUUUUACUCCAGGGUGUUCGUAGUGAAGGCAUUUGCACAGUCUGCCGUACUUAACUCUGUGAAACCAACCUCCGUUCAAACAACCGCAUCAUAUCCGCUUUCUUCUUCAUCAGAAGUUCUUACAUCAUCAACGUCAAUACUCACGCCAUCGUCAGAUUUAUCCAAACCAACUAUGUUGCUGGUUAGUUCAACGUCAUCGUAUAUGACCACGGAUUUAUCAACGCUUCUAGAUACAUCGUCGAUACGUUCCAUGAUUUCGAGCACACCAAUAGUAUUCCCUUCGUCAAUUACUCAAUCAUCGAGCACAAAUUCAGAAAACACUACGUUUCCAACCAUGUCGCCAUCUAGUACUUCGACACAAACCACUGUAUCACAUAAUACUCAGCAACGGAAUACUAUAAUAAACACCACGGGCACAACUACACAAACCUAUGUUGCAGAAAUUACUUUAGGAGAAAGCACUUCAACACACACCACUGCGGCACCAAAUACUUCAGCAGGGAGCAAUACAACACAAACAACUGCAGCAUCAACAACUUCAGCAGCGAGCAAUACAACACAAACUUCAGCAGCGAGCAAUACAACACAAACUUCAGCAGCGAGCAUUACAACACAAACUUCAACAGCGAGCACUACAACACAAUCCACUGUAGAACCAAUUACUCCAGCAGCGAGUACUACAUUACUAACCACUGCGACACCAAAUUCUUCAGCAGUGAGCACUUCAACACAAACAACUGCGGCAUCAACAACUUCAGCAGCGAGCACUACAACACAAUCUACUGUAAAACCAAUUACUUCAGCAGCCAGUACUACAUUACAAACCACUGCGGCACCAAAUUCUUUAGCAGUGAGCACUUCAACACAAACCACCGCAGAACCAACAACCCAAUCAACAAGCACUACAACACAAACCAGUGUGGCACCAAAUACUUCAGCAGCAAGCACUACAACACAAACCAUUGCGGCGCCAAUUACUCCAGAAUUGAGCACUGCAACACAAACCACUGUGGAACCAACAACUUCAGCAGCGAACACUACAGUACAAACCACUUCGAUACCAAUUACUUCAGCAGCCAGCACUACAACACAAAACACUAUGGAACCAACUACUUCAACAUCAAGCGUUCCAAUACAAACUAUUGCGUCAACAAUGACUUCAGCGGCACACACUAAAACACAAACCACUGUGGAAUCAAUUACUUCAGCAGCGAGCAACGCAAUACAAAAUACUGCAGUACCAAUUAUUUCAGCAACGAACACUACAACACAAACCACUGCUGCACCAACUACUCCAACAGACAGCACUACAAAACAAAUCACUACGACACCAAUUACUUCAGAAGAGACCACCACAGCACAAAAUACUAUGGAACCUACUACGUCGACAUCUAGCAUUACAACACAAACCAUUGCAGCACCAAUUACUUCAGCAGCAAGCAUUACAGCACAAACCACCGCAGCACAAAUUACUUUAGCAGUAAGCACAACACAAAACAGCACUUCAGCACAAACCACUGAAGAACCAAACUCUACAACACAAACCACUACAUCUACAACUACUUUAACAUCAAUUACUACAACACAUACCACUGUGGGGCCAAUUACUUCAUCACCUACUACUACAAAACAUUCCACUUUGGAACCAUCUACUUCCACAUCCAGCACUACUACGCAAGCAACUGAUGUAACAAUAACAUCAUUACCGGAAAUUUCAACGCAAACCACUGCGGUAAAAAUUACUUCACCACCUACCACUACAAAUGAAACCACCGCCGUACCAAUUAAUACAAUGUCCAACUCUUCAACACAAACCACAGCCACGAGUAUUACUUCACUGUUAAACACAUUAGCACAGACCACUGCCGAGCAAAUCAAUUUACCAUCAAACACUUCUACAGACGCCUCUACAUCCCAUUUUAUUUCUACAUCAAAUAUCAUGACACAACUCACUGGAUCACUAUCUUCAUCACUAUACAGCACUACCACACAAAUCACUGAUGUACAAACUACUUCUACAUUGAGCUUUACGAAACCAUCUACUUCACUUAUGAGCACUGAAAACAAAACAACUGAAACAAUCUCUUCACCAAAAAACGCUACAGUGCAAAUCAUGUCGACACUAACUACAUCCAAAGAGACUACUUCGACAACAACUCCAUCACAAUCAAGCAAAACAACAAAAACAAUUGUUAUACCAUUUAUAUCACCAAACAUGACUAUUUCACCAAUCACUGCGUCACCGAUUAUAGUAUCAUUGAGCUCUACGGUGUUGUCAAAUACUACGGCCUAUAGCGACACUACAACAAUUAAGCUGCAAGAGAAUACUUCUUUUGAGGAUAAGACAACAACAGCUUUACUGGACAGCACAGAAAGCCAUCUUUCUACAAAUAUGCUACCAGAUUAUACAGCAAACAUUACAACCAACGUCCCGUUAUCAAAGAGUACAACUAGCUUUACGACUACAACUAUUUUACCAGAUAGCACAACUACACCUAUAGAUAGUAUAAAUAGUGCAACAACAAAAGCGAAUCUACCAGUAAGUACUCAUAACUCCACAAGUUUUCCAACCACACCUCAAAAUAGCACAACAAGACCAGCUACUACAUCUACGCAACCAGAUAGCAAAACGGGGGCGACAACAACUGCACUACAAGAAACCACAACUAGCGCCAUACCAACAAGUAGUCGACCAAAUAUUACUGAAAACUACAUCGAUUAUACAAUUAGAUAUACAACAACUACAACGCCUCAAGGAAGCACAACAAACCCUACGAGAACAAAUGCGUUACCAGAUAGCACAACAAGCUAUUUGACAACAGUUUACCUUCCACCUAGCACAACAAGCAAAACAACUACAACUAAACCACAUGAUAGCACAACUAGCGCUACAUUGACCCUACCAGAUUACACAAAAAGCUCUACGAUAAAAACUUUGCUACCAAAUAGCAAAACAAGCACUUUGAUAGCAACAUCUACACUACCAAAUGGGAUCACUCAUACGAGGGCAACAACAGCGACACUUGUUCUGCCAAAUAUCACAACUGAUAACACUACAAUACAAACUACUCUACCUGAUACUACAUUUUUGAAUGCCAUGAGCACCUUGGACUACAGUAUGUCAUCAAGUACUGAAACCCAAAGAAGUAUAUCUACGUUAUUAAGUACACUUUUGAGACCAACAGUGUCAUCCAACACAGCCUCUCUAACCACAAAUGUGACGUCUUCUGGCACUCUUCCAUCUUCAACUGCGCUGACAGACGUACCUGUAACAAACAUGACUCCUACAUCAACUCCCUCAACAUUUACCUUGACUAUCUCUGCUUUAUCCGAGGUCUCAACAACAGGAACAUGGUCACAAAGUACAGACCUGUCUACAGUCUUAAAAGUGUCUGAGUCCCCGUCAAUCGGGACUACAUACACCAGCACGUUGAAGCCAAAUGAGUUGACUGUAGCACCACAGACAACUGCAAAUUCCUCAUCUUCCACUGGCAACCUCAACUUUAGCCCAAGCCCCAGUGUGGAUCAGCAGAAGGGUAACAAGAGGCCUAGAGGACUAACAGCUGGGGAAAAGGCCGCAAUAGGGGUUUGCAUUACUAUGUUCAUAAUGGCCAUUGUGGGUGCAGCUUUCUGGAUUUACAGAAGGCGGAGAUACCGGGGAAAGUGGCUCAUCAACAACGAUAUUGGCUACAGACAAUGGAGUUUCACCAAUGCCAGUUACACCGGUGAGGAAGAGGAUGAACAGAUCAAGUUUAAGCAGUCCACAAGAAAUAACAGUUCUAUAUGACAUUAUAGUGCUCCUUAUAUGACCAGAACAUUCAUGCAUGUCGGAUUGUCUCGAAUUACACUGAUAACAAUGUCUUGUUGAUAGAGGAAAACAACAACUGUUUAUAUGGAUUGAUGUUUUGAACAUUUGUUUGUACAUUAAGGCCAUCUUUUAGAUGUAUACUUUUCUUAUCCAUGAGACUGCAAGGUUGUUUAAUAGUUAUGAAUCUCUAACACUCGCUCAAGGAUGCAUUUGAUUUGAAGUCACCAUAUGCUAAUUGAUCAAUAGAUGUUGUGAGAUGUGUUCAAUAGGCCAAUGUCAAUUUUGCACCAUGGCUGGGUUAGGUAUGCCUAUCAACGAAUGUUAAACAAUGCUGAUACAAAUUUUGAAGAUGAUGCCAAUCCAAAAUAAGUAGUACAAACUAAAUUAUAUAGUUUGCUGGAUGCGGUUUAUCAGCUUGUUUUUCUCCAGUAUGUUGUUUUCUCCAUGGCGAUGGUUUCCAUGAUUUUUUUCAGAGUCAAGAUAUUGCAUUAAAUCAUGUAAUUUAUGAUUUAUUUACAAAUUAUUUCUGUUAUGCAAAUUGUUUAGGGCAUUCUGUAAAAGUUCUAAUCGCAUAUCAAACUGGGCAUAUGAAUGGUGUUAUCUAUUUGUGUAUUGGAUAUUUUAUUUUACUGGUUUAUCAAAUUAUGAGAUUAUAAAUGUUAUAAAUUC